UGAAAAUAUUUAUCAAAGUUUAACUCAACUGAUAACAAAAUGAAUAAAACUCAUUUGGAUAAAAAAUUAAAUCAGCUACCAACUUGGCUGUGGGCUAAUUCUGCCAUUUUACCACCUAUAUAUAAAAUUGUAUGGGAAUCGGUAAGAGAAGAUAGAAUUAAAUCUAAUGGAUUGCAGACGGAAGUUUUAGUCGACACUAAUAAAGUAUUUCCUUUAUUACUUACGAGCCAACUCUCGAUGGAAGUUUUAGGUCAUAUAUGGAAUUUAGCAAAUCAAAAAUAUGCUGGACAACUUACAGAACAAGAACUUUAUAUUGUACUUGCUCUUGUUGCUGCUGCACAAGCAUCUUAUACCUUUAAUAGCUUAGACAUUUUACAUUUACUUCCAUUUCCGCCAAUUCCUUAUUUAAACAUAGAAUGUGUAUUAAAUGUGCAAUCUGCAAUGCAUGUCGUUAAUCCAUUGUCAAAAUAUCAAGCUAAUAAGAAGGAGGAAUCUAAUAAUAGAUUUAUGAAUUUAGAAGAAAAAUAUACGUCCGAAAUUAAAGGGAAAAUAACUAAAACUGGUCAAUUUGCAUUUGAUUCUAAUUUACCAGUAUCAAACUUAUCAGAGAAGACACCCUAUUUAGACAAUGAUAUGUCUUCUACAUUAAUGAUAAGUUCUAAUUCAAAUACCUGUGUCAAAGAUUAUUCCAAAUAUAAUAAAAUUCGUUUGGAAACAAAAAGUAAUACAUGUACGUUGGAUAAUAAUGAUGAUUUUUCUGAAUUUCAAAGUGCACCUAUUGUCAAUAAUACACCUAACAUAUCUAAUUGGGAUAUGAAACAAGGCUCCGCAAUUGGAAGUAGAUUAGCAAAUCAUAAUUUAGGUGUUAAGAAACCAGUUGAGAAACCUAGAAGAAAUAAUACUAAUUCGAAAACUAUGAACUUUCAUCCACAAACGCAUACUUCUUUAAAUCCUGUCUCUCAAAAUUUAUCAUUAGAACGUUUAUCAGAAUUAUUUCCCAAAUGUGCAAUAAAAAAUCAGUCGAAAACUGUAAUAUUAAAAGAUACUAUUAUAAGAAAUAAUGAUUUACCAAAGGAAGAUGGAGAAACUAUGAAAGGUCUUAAAACUAAUAUAUUAGAAAAUGCACAAUUAUCUGGUAAUAGAUCUGUUAUGUGUAAAGUAGAAUCUGUUGAUAAGGCUGGUAUUAAAGAGAUAAAAUCUGAUCCAAGAGAUUUAAUGAAUUUACAAUCUACCGAAGAUAAAUAUAGUGCAUUGCGUGCAUUAGUAAAUGAAACAUCAGUAUCAAACAAAACAAACUCCGUUGACUCUACUGCAUCAAAUGACGAAUUUGGAGAAUUUGUUUCUGCUGAACAAACAAUAAUUACUGAUAAUAAUUUUAUUUUGGAUAAUUCGAACCCUGGAUAUUUUGCAGAUACAAUAACAGAAUUUGAAUCAAAAUCUUUUACAAAUAGCGAUGAUAAUAAUACAGCAGGUAUUGAUGUUAUACAAGAUAUUACAAAAUCUUUGAACAAUGUCAAAUUUGAAAACAAUGUUGAAGUACAAAGAAUUAAUGAAAAAUUUGAACCUAAGAUUGAACCAGGUAAACCUAUUCAAAUGGAAGAUGCUAUAUCUCUUAAUAGUAUAGAAUUGAUAAAUGGAAUACCUGAUCGAACAAUAACAAGAUCAGGUUCUGUUCCUAGCUUAGAUCUAAAGUCUUUUUUACCCACAAAUUCAGAAGAAGAUCAAAUAGCCCAAAUUACGCAACAGACGGUCUAUUGGGAAUGGAAGCAAUAUAUGGAAAGUUGUAUUUCACUAUUACAGAUUGCAGCUAAUAUAUUUAAUAACAUAACAUCUGAAGUUAUUUUAAAUGAAGUAUUAAACACUGCACAAGGAUAUAAUUUUCUUUGCAAUUUAGCUGAAGUUGCAGCAGUUUGUAGACGUGUUAAUUUUUCUUAUAAAGAAAUGGAUAUAAAUAUUAUUGGAUUUGAUGAUCUUCUUAUGGAUAUUGAUAGAAUUUGGGCAGAAAUGGAACCCUUUUAUGCAAAUAUACCAAUCGUAACAGAACUACCAACUUGGCCUCUUCAUCAAGGAGAAUGUAUUUCUUGUGCGCUCUGUUUAACAGUUAUUACUAGUGACAAAAUAAUUUAUAAUGAAAAUAAUUAUCAUGUAACCUGUGCAAAUUUGUGGCUCAAUUGUGUAAACAAUCAAUUGCCUGCGAUACAAUAUCCCACAUUUUAUUCCUUUACAAACAUAUGUUCAACCAAUAAUCACAUUUGACAUUAAAAUUUAAAUAAAAUUAUAUUUCGAGUUA